UUAUCUUUUAUCUUUUUUUUUAUUUGUCUGGUCGUGGGGUAUUGAAAGUGUUUCUCCUUUGGAUUUUGUAUUUUUCAAUUUCUGUUUGUUUUAGGGCGCAAAGGCUUUUAGAUUGAUUCAUUUCUACACUUUUCGUAUCCCUUAUAACCUGUUUUCUGGUGAAUUUAGAUUAUUAUGCUAACGACGGAACCCUAGCUGGGAAAUGAUUACGAUAAUUAUAAUAAAAUUGUUUUUCUUUUAAAAAUGACUCUCAUGAUUUUAAGGUAAGAAAGAACAAAAAAAAAAGUAAACUGACAGUUCUCACAGAUGUUAGAUUGAUUAUGUCCUGCUUCUUGUAAUUCUUACUCUUGUUUCAGAGGAAGCAAGAAGAAGCUUUCAUUUUUAUUAGCUAUCUUUUUUUUCUUUUUUUUUGAAGAAUGGAGAAUGGUGGGCAGUGUGCAAAUGGGUCUGAUUACUUAAAAGGAGCACACUCUAUGUGGAAUAUGCUGCCUCACCAUCAGAUCAAAGAGCAACACAAUGCCUUGGUCAUGAAUAAAAAGAUCAUGUCCAUCCUCGCCGAAAGAGACGCCGCUGUUCACGAACGAAACCAAGCUGUCUCCGCCAAAAUCGAAGCCCUUGCAGCUCGGGACCAAGCCCUUCUGCAACGGGACAAAGCCCUGGCCGAAAGGGAUAAAGCUUUGAUUGAGAGGGACAAUGCUUUUGCUGCCCUUCAACACCAUGAAAACAGUCUCAACUUUGCUUUGUCCGGUGGGAAGCGCUGUCAAGGAGCGGAUGAUGAUGAUGAUGAUGUUUUGUUCACUAUUGAUGAUCUCUGCCCUACUACAUCAACUAACACGACCAAGGCAAUCAAGAGGAAAAAAGAGAACAAACCAAAAGGAAAGAAAGUGGGUGAAGAUCUGAACCUUCUGGUUGCUGCUCCUGGAAAGAAACGUAAAAAAGAUUGGGACACUAACCAUUUCGGUUUAAACUUGGUCACCUUCGACGAAAAGACUAUGCCCGUGCCGGUUUGCACGUGCACGGGCUCUGCGCAUCAGUGUUACAAAUGGGGGAAUGGUGGUUGGCAAUCGUCUUGCUGCACGACCACUUUGUCGCUGUAUCCAUUACCGCAGAAGCCAAACAAGAGGCAUUCUCGGGUGGGCGGUAGGAAGAUGAGCGGGAACGUUUUCUCCAGAUUACUAAGCCAUUUAGCAGCAGAAGGAUAUGAUCUCUCGUCUCGUGUUGACCUAAAAGACUAUUGGGCUAGGCACGGCACCAACCGCUACAUCACUAUUAAGUAACUAGCCUCAACUGUCUUCGGCUCUUAAUUCUUAAGUUUAGGUGUUUUGUCUAUGGUAAAACCAAAUAUGUUAAAUAUGUUUUGAUUUGAAAAACAAAUCUCAACUGUUUUCAGAUUACACAAUCUUAAUUUUCAUUUUCCAGUUGGUGAUUAUAUUAUAACUUA